AGCGAAAUGGAAGUGAGGAGGAGUGAGGACACGAGACCGAGUAGUAAGGGCGGAAGGCGCCCAUCUUUUUUCUUCGUCACGCUGGCCAGGUAGAGAGGGGCGAGGGGAAGCUAAGAAGAAACAGAGAUUGAAGGAGUGGGAGGAUGGCCAGGGAUAGCUGUCUCUCGAGGGUAGCUACUGGUGUUGCAGUGGGUGGAGCCAUCGGUGGAGCUGUUGGUGCUGUCUAUGGAACUUAUGAAGCUAUCAGGUACAAGGUUCCCGGACUGUUGAAGAUCAGAUAUGUUGGCCAAACCACUCUUGGUAGUGCAGCUGUCUUCGGCCUUUUCCUAGGUGCUGGGAGCUUGAUACAUUGUGGAAGAUCUUACUGAAGACUUGUUUUUAUUCCGUUCUGUGAGAAAAUAAUCACUUUUUCGACAUAACAUGGUACUCAAUGGAAGACGGUUGGAACUUGGAACACGAAAUGCUGGAAGAUUUUAUUCCGAAUUUUUGUAAUUCGUUAUGUGAAUUUUUCUGGUUCAUUGGAAAUUGACCAUGUCUUAAGGGGGGAAUAUUGUUGCAUUUUAAGAUA